AUGUCGUUCACGAGGUCUGCCGUGGCCGCAAUGGUAACUGCUGUUACUAUUGCAAAUAACCACACCGGGGAUGAAGGGCCACCGAACCCGACUGACCCGGUCACUGGCCAGCGAGACCUGUAUACGCAGCUUAUCAUUAGCUUGGGUCUAGGAGUAAUGGCGUGUCUAUCCUUUUGUCUUCUACGGCCGAAAUGGACGGAAUUAUACGCGGCUCGGAGGCGACAACACCAUACGGAUUUAAACCUACCAGAGCUUCCUGACAGCUUUUUUGGAUGGGUGCCCGUGCUGUACCGAAUAACUGAAGAACAAGUUCUCCAGUCUGCGGGGCUGGAUGCCUUCGUUUUCCUCUCCUUUUUCCGCUUUGCGAUGCGAUUCCUGUUCACCAUUUUUAUGUUGUCUGCGGUGAUCCUUCUCCCGAUUCAUUAUAGCUACACCGGAAAGUUAGGCGUUGAGGAUUGGGAUAAGUAUAUCGAUGUUGACAAGGAUGGGAAGAAACCAUUAAUUACCGACCCGCCGUAUCUUUGGACAUAUGUAGUAUUCACCUACAUAUUUAGCGGUAUCGCCAUCUAUAUGCUGCUUCACGAGACGAAGAAAAUCAUCCACAUCAGACAGAGAUACCUCGGGGGGCAAACGAGCACAACUGAUCGGACAAUUCGUUUAUCAGGUAUUCCGGCAGAAAUGGGAUCUGAAGAAAAAAUCACCGAAUUCAUCGAGGGCUUGCACAUUGGGGAAGUCCAAAGUAUUACGCUUUGCCGGAAUUGGAGUUCACUGGAUAAUUUGAUUGAAGAACGAUUUAAAGUGCUACGGAAUCUAGAAACCGCCUGGGUCAAGUAUUUGGGCUACAAGCGGGCCAGGAAGGCUGGAGAUACUUUGCCCCUGAGACAUCAGGAGCCUGUUGAUUCCAGCUUUAUUUCCGAAGAUGAUGAAAGAAUGCGCCUUCUCUUGGAAAAUGGACAAGAUGAUGCAUUUAACCGAGUCAAAACACGACCAACGGUACGCUUAUGGUACGGUCCCUUGAAACUACGCUACCGAAAGGUCGAUGCCAUAGACUAUCACGAGGAGGCACUCCGACGACUUGAUGAGCAGAUUCAGAGUGCACGCCAAAAGGAGUACCCACCCACUGAGCUUGCAUUCGUGACUAUGAAAUCUAUCGCUGCGGCACAAAUGCUUGUUCAGGCGAUCCUCGACCCCCAUCCAAUGCAGCUCCUCGCUAGACUGGCCCCGGCCCCGGCGGACGUCGUUUGGGGAAAUACCUACCUACCACGCUCAAGGCGAAUGAUGCAGUCGUGGUCUAUCACCGCACUCAUUUGUUUUCUCUCUGUUUUCUGGUCCGUGUUACUGGUGCCCGUUGGAACCCUCCUAAAGUUGGAGACUCUCCACAAAGUGUGGCCUCAGCUGGCCGAUCUUCUUGCUCGACAUCCACUCGCUACAUCGCUUGUCCAGACAGGUCUUCCGACCUUGGCUUUCUCUUUACUGACUGUUGCGGUCCCUUAUUUAUACAAUUGGCUCUCAAGCCACCAAGGAAUGAUGUCCCGAGGGGAUGUAGAACUUUCUGUGAUCUCAAAGAGUUUCUUUUUCUCGUUCUUCAAUCUCUUUGUGGUUUUCACCGUUAUCGGUACUGUCACGAACUUCUAUAGUUUUUGGGAGCGCCUUCGAGAUUCUUUCAAAGACGCCACUACCAUUGCGCGUGUCAUCGCUGGCUCCCUAGAGGGGCUGGCACCAUUCUAUUACAAAUUUUUAAUCCUUCAAGGUUUGGGACUGUUCCCGCUCCGACUUUUGGAGUUCGGGAGCGUGUUUAUGUACCCUAUCAACUUCUUCAUGGCUAAGACGCCGCGAGAUUUUGCCGAACUCUCUGCACCUCCGACGUUCAGUUAUGGGUAUUCGGUUCCACAGUCAAUACUUGUGUUCAUCAUCUGUGUGGUGUACAGCGUGUUACCGAGCUCAUGGCUGAUCUGCUUUUUUGGGUUGAUGUACUUCACAAUCGGCAAUUUUAUCUGCAAAUAUCAGCUUCUAUAUGCCAUGGAUCACCGACAACACUCGACAGGUCGCGCAUGGCCGAUGAUCUGCAAUCGAGUCCUAGUGGGUCUGACGGUCUUCCAGAUGGCCAUGGCUGGCUUGGUUGCUGCCCGAAAAGCAAUUACUCCGUCGUUACUCAUUGUUCCCUUAAUUGGGGCUACGGUGUGGUUCAGUUACUUUUACACUCAAAGCUACGAACCACUAACUAAGUUCAUUGCUUUGAAGAGUAUCUACCGUGACACACCAAACUCAGGUGACAUCUCCCCCUCCCUGUCAUCGACAUUUUCACCACCCCCUGCUAUCGAUCGUGAUGCGUUCCCGGUCCGGCUUGGGGGCCAGGUGAUGCCGCUUAAACUGAAGAAAUAUAUCAACCCAAGUCUCAUCUUACCUCUGGACAGUGCUUGGCUCCCUGGGCGCGACCCUGUGCCUGAACUGCAGGAGGAAUUUGAGCACUACCAGGACCAGAACCAUGUCUCAGUCUAA